AUGGACACGUCCACUGUUUUUGUCACUACCUCAUCCAUUGCCUACACCGUCUCUACAGCGACCAUCGUGUUCACCUCAACGAAGACUACAUAUACUCCGGCAACCUCUCUACCCAUGAGAAGACUGCGACAUGGACCCAUCGCACAUACGGACGAUACAGCUGACAUUACUGCUGAGAUCAAUAGAGCUGCAGAGGCAACAUUGACUACUACGACAGUCAACGCCGGUCUCACCAUAACAUCCUUCAUAAACGUUGGCGCAACACACUUCGAUCAGACGGUCAGCUCGACAAUUACAACGACUUUGAUGCUCCCAGCACCAACUUACACGUACGCGGCCGCUGUUAAUGCUGGCUGUCAGAACACCCCUACCGUGGACACGCUGCAGCUUGAUCCUAGCGUCACAGACAAGAAUGAUGCUGUCACGAUGUGCCAGGAUCAUUGCUCUCAGAAUGGACAAUGUGCCAGCCUUGUUGUUCAGCAUUUGUUUCCGGACUAUGGAGAUGUCAUUUCGGUUUAUAAGUGCUUUAUGAAUGGGCAGAACUUUGAUGAAGGUUCGAAUCUGUUGUGUGGGCUGGCAGAAAACGUUUGGGGAGCAGCAGAUGCAUAUGAUGCUGUUGGAAGAGGAUUGCCAGACGAGUGA